UGCCAACGCGGACCAAACUGCUGCUCGAACUGCAAACGGAGGUGUCGCGAGAAGCUGCAGAGAAACUGCCCCGCCACCAGUCAACGAUGAUGCUGUGGAGGUCACUGGCCUCCCUCUGCGUCCUGGCCGCCGCUGUCUUUGCCGUCCCUGCUCAGGAGAAGCGCAUCCAUCACCAGGCCGAUCUGAGUGACCACGCCCACGACGAUUCCGGCGGCUUCCAGUACGACCAUGAAGCCUUUCUGGGCAAAGAGGAGGCCAAGACCUUCGACCAGCUGACGCCCGAGGAGAGCAAAGACAAAUUAGCGAAGAUUGUGGAGCGCAUCGACAUGGACAAGGACGGCUUCAUCAGCCAUGCAGAGCUGCACUAUUGGAUCAAACACCGGCAGAGGAGGUACAUCGAGGAGAACGUGAACAAGCACUGGAAGGACUACGACAAGAACCAAGACGGGAAGAUCGGCUGGGAGGAGUACAAAAACACCACCUAUGGCUACUACCUGGACGACGGGUUUGAUGACCUGGAAAACAAGGACACCUACAAAUCCAUGCUGACCCGGGACGAGAGGCGCUUCAAGGCGGCCGACCGAGACGCCGACGGCAUCGCCACGCGGGAAGAGUUCACUGCCUUCCUCCACCCGGAGGAGUAUGACCACAUGAAAGACGUGGUGGUGCAGGAAACCGUGGAGGACAUCGAUAAGAACGGCGAUGGCAAGAUCAACCUAGAGGAGUACAUCGGUGACAUGUACACAUCAGAGGACGGUGGCAGCGAGCCCGACUGGGUCCAGACAGAGAAGAAACAAUUCUCUGAGUUCAGAGAUGCCAACAAGGAUGGCUACCUGGAUGCUGACGAGGUGGCCCACUGGAUUCUGCCUGGAGAGGUUGACCAUGCUGACAAUGAAGCCAAACACUUGAUCUAUGAGACGGACACAGACAAGGACCAGAAAAUAACCAAGAAGGAGAUUCUGGCCAACUGGAACAUGUUUGUGGGCAGCCAGGCCACCAAUUACGGGGAGGACUUAACAAAGAGACACGAUGAACUUUGAUGAGCUGUCAGAAGCUCAUUGGGAGAUUGUGGUUACCAUGGUUAUGAGGUGGGGGUUCUGACUCUGGGGGAAAGGUUGUAAUGUUGUACCUUUGGUCACGCAUACACACAUAUCCAUUCAGCAUUCACUCACAUACUGUGUAUGUGAAUACAGACCGUCGUGGGUUACAUAUCAGUGACACUGAAAACUAUCUCCAUUUACAAACUAAAUUGGGCAUAAUGCUCACACAGUUCUUCUUCUAUGAGCCUGAGAGGUCCCAGCACAUGAAGAAACAUGUAGUCACGUCAUUAAGACCAGCAGACAUCGUAUCUGAAGCAUUAAACCACAAGGUGUAUGGAAUGUUGUGAUCUCUGGGCUUUGCUUAUUAAAGUCUUUUGUUUUUUUUUCUACAAAUUGCCAAUUCUUUGUUUUAGCAUUAACCAAUCAUGAAUCUUCGGUUCCAUUUGUAUACCAUUUUGUGAAAAUGAGAACAGUGUAGUAUGGCGGCAAAUCACUGUGGAAAAAGAACAGCGAGCGCGCAGAAAACCCCUAGCGACUAGCGAGCAAAUAUCGCUCUCCACAGACUUUUGCUCGUGGAUGUUUGAUCUAUGUGCGCACGUGAACCUUAUUUGUGCCCUCGAAUUUUGACAGUGAUUUGCCGCCAAAGUGUAGGUCUCUACAUGGAUUUCUGUCUAUUUGCCUUCAAAAUGACAUUAAGUCUGGAGUUGUUUGUAAAAGCUGAUAAAAGUGGAAGGUGCUCAGCACUGUUGGAUUCUGUCCAUCUCAUCAUCACUAUGUGGUCAAUUCAGCAGAGGAAGAGCCAUCCUAAAUCUUUACUGCCCAGUACAGCUUCCACUUCCAGAUCCGAAUGCAUACUUCCUGUUAGACAAUGUACACUUUCAAGUCGAACCCUGAGGCAUCACACCUCCAGUCGUGGUGAAGCUCAAGUAUGUACUAUAUCUACUCAAUAUUUCAGUCACCAAAGUACUGCUAGCGUACUCUCAUUAGGCCACUAGAAACAGAACCAUAAUUCAUUCGUUAAAUCAGAUUCAGGAGAAUGGGACAGACACAACCAACUAAUUUAGCAGCCACCAUGCAAAGGAUGUUUAAAAUAUAGUUGGUAAUUAUUUGUGUUUUUCUUCUGCUAUCUAUUUGUGCAGUUCCGUAUCAUCACAUUGUUCUUUUAACGUUAUGCAUGUGAUGUUAGUUCAGUGCCUUGUUUGGAUAUGGAUGCUCCGAUGAAUCAUGGCUCAGACUGUAGACCUCAUCUAACAGCUUUCUGGACAUUCAUUUGGUUCAGGGCCCAUCUGAAGGGCCUCAUGGGGUCCUUUUAUACCACCUGUGUCAAUGUCUGAUCUCCAUCAUGAAGCAUAUUUAUGUGUUGUCAGUAAGCAGCACAGAUGCAGUUGGUAGUCAAGCCUUGAAUUCAGAGUGGAGAAAUACUGCUGCAAAGUGUCUCAUGAAAGAGCGUUCCUUUGUUUGGAGGGGGCCCACAAUGAGAAUUAGAGGUCAUCAUAGUAGAUAAAUGAAGGGGCUCUGUGUGAUCGAUGGACUUCAGACUGGUGAGAAGUAUUUUCAGUUUAAAAGUUAGUGCAGCUGUGUUUAAUAUCAUUUCCUCAGUGUUUACUGUAUCCAUCUCCACCAUUCUAUAACUAGAUGUACUAUGAGUACAUCCGUCACACAAAGACAUGGCUGAAUGCUAUCCAGCUUCCUUAGGGACCGGCGUGGAAACCUGAGUGUUUGGUUUGUCCUUCAUGGGGUCCUGUAGUAAUUAUGACCAGCUCACUUUAAGCUAACAGAGACCAAUUGUUGGUUUUAGGAUAUUUUAUACUUCUGAAAACAUAGUUCUGGAUACCUUAUUUUAUUUCUGAUGGUGGUAAGUAUAGUAGUAUAGUAUAUAGUACUCCUGUUGGAACUUGUAUGGUUGGCUGUCCAGCCUCUUGAAAAAACAUGCAUUUCUAGAAUAAAAGCAACAUAUAUAUUUUUAAUGUAUUUCUGGAUUAAAAGCCACAUGCAUUCCUACAAUGUAUUUCUGGAUUAAAAGCCACAUGUAUUUCUGGAUUAAAAGCCAUAUGCAUUUCUAGAAUAAAAUCCA